UUGUGGGUGGCGACAUAGACAAGAGGCGUUUCUGGUUCAUGCAAGUGUGAAAUAAUUACAAAUAACAGGUCUGAGUGAAGUUUGAGAUAGAGAAACGUUCUCGGUGCUAGUAAUUUCGUUCGUGUGUCAAUCCGCUUGUUAUUUAUUUGCAUAUAUUUCGGUAACACAUGCAGCGUCCUGUCACUUGUUGACGAUUGAGAGCACUUGGUGGAGAGAGAGAGAGUGUGGGCGUCCACGACUCCACUUCUUGCCAGGGUUGAAAUCAUUAGUCCAAAACGUUUUGUUAUGGAAAUCGUUUACUCCAAACGGAAAACGUUUUGCAACGAAAACAAGAGUUUCUCAAUAGACACAUUUUGGUAGGUCCCUCCCCGUUUCGUGUCCAUUUGCUUCGGUUUGGUUUCUACUGAAUACACCCCUGGCAAUGCUCCGAAAUCACAAGUGAGACGCUCAACUAAACCUAGCCAAAUCGAAUUGAGACUUCACAUUUGGUUCAAACAGAGGACAUACUUCCCGGGACAGAGAACUCUUUGGAGCCGAAGUCAUGAACGUACAGGUGGCAGAGUAACCGCAGGACAUCGAGGCUGUUCUUCGCUGCAGUCUUUCCUCCAGACUCUCUCGCUUUCAUCUUCCCUUUCCCAUACCCACUUGGCUUCCCUUCGCUCGUUCUCUACCUGCACCUCUAUCCCUCCUUCCUUGACUCCCUCCAUCCGGCCGUCCAUCCUUCCUUGACUCCCUCCAUCCGGCCGUCCAUCCUUCCUUGAGUCUCCCUCCAUUCGGCGGCUUUGCCAUCAUGCGUCGGUUCAGCUCAGAGGGGUCCCUACUGGAUAUGGACUUCCUGCCAUGGAAGAAGGUGGCGCUGAAGGACCAGAACUACCACAGCCGGGACGGGGAUUCAGGCACCUACACCCCCUACCUGGAGGAGGACGAACUGGAUAGGCGGACCACCUCUUUCCCCCCCACCCCCAUCAUCCUGGAGCCUGGGGCCAGGGUGGAGCUGGGCAAGGAGCACAGCGUCAGCGUGGAGAACGUCACUGAACUGGGGAAGCUAGAGGGUAAGGGUCAUCUGGGAGUGGUGAACCUCAGUGAAGGAUGCAGGGCGUACAGUGACGGGCAGUUGGCGCCGGCGACUUCGGGUAGCAGCACAGAGAGCGUGGGCAGGGACGACCAGCCUCCGACCUCUCCCUCGUACUCAACCUUUGGCUCCAGCCCCUUCUCCUUCAAGUCACAGCAACGGUCCCACGCCAGAGCCAAGCUGUCAACAGCCAAGCUACACCUGAAGAGCCUGUUUGGGCAGAGUCCCCAUUCAUCACACUCCAACCUGUUUGACCCGGAGCAGAAAAAACAGAAAGACCGUGCUAAAGAGCAGCAGUCUCGCCUCCUGUUCCUUCGCCAAUGGAGUCAGGUGGGCCACAUCAAGGCCAAGUUCAGCCGGGAGGAACUGGAUAAGUGGGCUGAGUCGCUGGACGCCCUCCUGGUUAGUCGGACGGGCUUGUCUGUGUUUGGAGCAUUCCUUCGCUCAGAGUUUAGUGAGGAGAAUCUGCAGUUCUAUCUGGCUUGUGAGCAGUACAGAAACUCCUCCAACAACUUCAGCCUGCACAGACGGGCCAAGGAGAUCACGGUCACCUAUAUCGAGGCGGGGGCACCACGAGAGGUGAACUUGGACAGUAAGACCAGAGAACUAACCACACAGCUCCUACAGGCCCCAUCACGCACCUCCCUGUCCCACGCCCAGAAAUGCAUCUACUCCCUCCUGGAUACAGACUGCUACCCCCGCUUCCUCCAGUCCUCCAUCUACCUCAGCCUGCUAGGCCAGGCUGACUAGAGACGAAGGGCUCCAUUCAAUCCAUAUCGGCAAAGUUCAGCACUAUAGCACAAAUUGAAAUUUAAAGGCAAUGUUCCCCGCGUUCACGGAGACUGCAUUUCACGUUAAACGCUACUGCAUAUUUUGGCUCAAUACCAAUUGAAUGGAGACAUUAUUCUCCAAUCUCCACCCUUUUCCCAAAGUGUACACUCUCUUGCGUGGAUUCAACAGUGGUGGAAAGGAAACUCUUUCCAUCCAACACUUACACCAAUCCAGUGCUUUUGAAAUCCAUGACAGGGAGGGAGUGUGCAAGUGCACACUUUUUUGAAAAAGGGUGGAGAACUGUUGUAGAUAUGGGGCAGAAGUGGGGACAGUUGCAGGAGAUGCAGUUACAAUGUAGAGUUAAAUAGGGUUUAGGGGGGGCAGGGUUUUGGGUUUAGUCAUUUCAGUAGAGGUGAUGAGCAGGCUUGUGUUCAUUAGGGCAUGGAACAGAAAAAACGUUUUAAAAAUGUUUUGCAACGGAAAACAAAAUUGAG